CGCGCUAACCUCGCCGUAAAGCCCCGCCCCCUCCUCGUCACUACCAGUAAUGGCUGCCCUGUAGUUCCCCUCCGUGGAUCCCGGUUAGACACUCAGUCCGAUCACCACCUUCCAGUCCCCCGCAAACCUCAGACAUAACCAGGUGCGACCUCUUCGAUCAGCGGGGUCGGGUCGGGACCUGUCGCCGGGAUGUGCUCCGUCUUCCUCUGCGCUUCGUCGCGUCGCGGUGCGCAGCGGUUCAAGUUACCGAAGGACCCGGAGAAGAGGCUGGAGUGGGUCCAGUUUGUGUUCGAGGCGAACUGCCAGCGGCUCAAAGAGUCGUCCUGGACCGACAUCACCAUCUGCAGGGAACACUUCACUGAGGACUGCUUCGGGAAAACUAAGACUGGCGCGGUUCAGAUGAGGAGCAGCGCUGUGCCGUCACUGUGCAUCAAGUCAGAGCCGGAGGAGGAGCAGCAGGAGCAGGUGAAGUCUGAGGAGCCUGUGCCAAUCUUAGAGUUUGAUUCCCAGUAUGAACAACAACAAUCUGACAGUUCGGAAGAAUCAAUAUCACCAGACAAUACCACUACUCUUGAUGUGCCAGUUAGCCCAGUGCCAAGUCAAACUCCUGAAGAAGAUUAUGUUCAGAUGCUGCGAAAGGUUCAGAAUGUUGAUAUAAUCAGGGAAAAAGCUGCACUUCUCCAGAAGAAGGGGAGGUAUGUUGUGAAUGAAAACCAGCUCCUCCAGUUGUUUGGCAGUAGGUGCCCUUUAUGUGAUUCUAACGUUAAGAUGGAGAAGAUUAUCCAUGGCGGACUCAUCAUCGUGAAACGGCAGUGCCUCCAGUGUAAAUACAGACACCAGUGGAAAAGCCUGAUCGGGGUCAAUGUCCAAGGAGCUGAAGGUCAACACCUGUCAUAUGAGUCAAAACUAAUUUCAGAGUCGGAGGAGAGCGACCGUACGAACGAAACGGAAGAUUCCAGUGAUCCGGGUCCCGUGGAUUCAGAUGAGGACUGGAAGCCGGCAGAGCAGCAUUCACUGACUGCUGAGCUUCAUAAUGGAUCGGAUGAGACUGAAGAUGACGAUGGGGAAGAAGUGGACAAUUAUUAUGUAUUCGCGCCCAACCACAGCGAGCUCUGCACAGAGUGUGGAAAGUUUUUCAGUAAGCGUUGGCCUCACACGUGUGAGCACAAAGUGAAGCCCUAUUCCUGCAACAUUUGUGGCAAGCGAUGUGUCAGUGAGGUUGCUCUAAACCGACAUAGCAGAGUCCACAAUGAAAACUAUGAGCAUCGGUGCAAAUACUGCCACAGAACGUUCAAAACAAAGGUGGACAAAAUCACUCACCAGCAGAUUCACGUAACUGAAGGAAAGCCCUAUAAAUGCCCUGACUGUCCGGAGACCUUUGCCUCAAACAAGGAUCGCGAAAUCCACCUGGAGGAUCACAGAGGCCCCAAGCAGUUAACAUGUCCCUUUUGUGGGAUUGAAUUUAACCGUACCCUGUCUAUUCAGAGACACUUAAUGGUGCACACGGGCCAAAAGCCGUUCAAGUGUUCUGUGUGCCAACGCGGCUUCAACCAGGCAAGUCACCUCAAAUCUCACAUGCGCCUGCACACGGGGGAGAGGCCUUUCAAGUGUCCGCAAUGCGACAAGUGCUUCAAUCACAAUGUGAGCUUAAAGAGUCACAUCCAGCGUUAUCACACUUCCAAUCCUGCGCACGAACGUAAGAGGGGCAGAAAAAGCAAAACUGUCAGCACCGACGAAACUGAUUCUCAGGAGAAAUGUGACGAGAGAGGUGCAGAGCCAGUGCCGGGGCCAGGGGAAGAGCAUGAUGAUGAAGAAGAGCCAAUAAAGAAAAAAAGAAAAUUGAAGCCAAAAAGCAAAAGGAGCACAGGUAGACCCAUAGGAAGGCCUAAGAGAAAUGCAGAAGGCCACCUGGAAGAGGAAAAUCAAGAGCUGGAUUCAAACACAGAGACCGGAACAUCAAAGGCACGGAAGUCAAAGACAACAGGGGGCAGUGAUGAAGAGAGUGAGGACGAGCCGCCCGAAAGCAACAUGUCUUAUGACUCGCAUGACGAGGAGGAUUUUAGGAGUGAGAAAGUAACAUCAAGCCCAAGCAGAUCAAGAGGAAGCCCCAGAAUGUCUGACCCUGACCCUGACACGGACUUUGACCCAGAAGACUCAAAGGAAGAGAAAGAGGAACAGCAGAUAGAGCAGUGGAAUCAACUAUAUAAAGACGUUAAACAUUAAACUGCACUAAACUAAUUCACCUUUUGUUUAAGCAACACUGUGCAACUUUUUUUUAACCUUAAAACAACAGCUUUUAAAUUACUUUGAUGGUUCACUGAAUUGGAAUAGGGAGAAUGGUGCCGCUUUCUUUCCCACUCCUCUCCCUGAACGCCCUUUUCAUGCAACUUUGAUGAAUGGGUACUAUCUACUGUGAGAAGUGUAUAACUGACUGAUAGUCAUAGUUUAAAUUGUCAGAAUCAAGCCCAGCAAGUUUAAGAGUAAUGCUGAACUUUAGAUCAGUUAAAAAGACGUAGACAUCAUAAAAAACUUGUGUUUACCUCCAAUUUUCAGCAAAGAACCUUCAAAUAUCACUACAUUUGAACAGAGUUUGGUUUAUUUGUUACUGCUGCAGCUCUUCUGGUUCAGGAAGCUGGGGAUCAUGGGUGAUAUCCACAGUGCAGCGAGUGGGACUACACAUUCAGUGCUCAGGUCAACAGAGUGAUUGUCUUUGGUUUUUUCUCUGAGCCCAACACAAGUAAUCACCAUGUGUGGCUGCAGAGGUCGCUGUUGCUGAUUAAAAGUAACCAAGUGUUUUAGGAGAAAUAUAACUUUGAGUAUAAAACAGAACUGGACUGUUUUCCAUCAAAUCUAUGAUCUAACAAUAAGGUAUGAUGACAAACUAAACUCGUAUUCCUCGAUUCAAACUUUGUUGUUUUUCUCUUGUCACUUUCCAGAUACUUUGAAUCCUGUUAACUGAUCUGACUGAAUACAAGUAGAUUAAACUGAACUGAUGUGA